GUGUGUGGAGUGGAAGGAGGGAGUGGGUGCCCGCCCGGGGUUGGAUUUCAAGGCGUGGUGAUUGAACCGGCAGCCAACCGGAGAAUGGAAGAAGGUGGGGCAGCGAAGGAGGAGGCGACUUCUGGCGAGAAGUUUGCCCGGACUGGGAGGCCCCUCCCCGGCCUCGGUGUUGCAUUUAUAGGCUGGUUCCUCCACUGAGCAGCACUCUGGCUCAGCGUUUUUUUGGAGGGGAGGAGAUAUCAGCCGUCUUCACAGCUCCUCGAUACUAACCUCUUUUUUUAUAUAUAUAUAUAUAUAUCCCCUCCUUCCCCCCUUCGGACUUAAUCGACGCGCGUAAUAAAACGAAAACAAGCUUAUUAUUAUUAUUUUUUUUUAGGAGGGGGGGCAACUUUUAACCAACUUUUCCCACAACCAAAAAGUUCCCUGAACGACACCAGUCGUGGCCCAAACAACACGUCGUCGCAGUGAAGGAUCCCGCUCGGUCCUCCAUGAAAGACGGAGUGCGGCAGCAGAUUUGGGGAAGAGACAUGUCAGCGACGGUCCUGUCCACCGGCUACGACAUGGACAUGCUUUACAAGGAGAAAAGCAUGAACAUGAACGCCUUCCACAUCAACAGCAUGCUGGAUAAGAAGGCGGUGGGCGCUCCGGUCGCGGCUCUGGGCUCCGGAGGGCCCUUCACGCCGGGAUUUUUCCGCAGAAACUCCACCAGCAACCUGGAGGCGAUGAGCAACGGCAACAAGUACUCGCUGGGCUCGUACGGCAGCUGCGGCAGCAUGAAGGAGAACUCCCCCGGUGGCGGCGGCGGCGGCAGCAGCGCCACGGCGCUCAUGAACAAGGAGAACAAGUUCCGCGACCGCGCCUACAGCGAGAACGGAGAGCGGGGCGUGCUGCAGCAGAAGCCCGCGUCGCAGAUCAACUCCACCCGCUACAAGACCGAGCUGUGCCGGCCCUUCGAGGAGAACGGCUCGUGCAAGUACGGGGAGAAGUGCCAGUUCGCGCACGGCUACCACGAGCUGCGCAGCCUCACGCGCCACCCCAAGUACAAGACGGAGCCGUGCCGCACCUUCCACACCAUCGGCUUCUGCCCCUACGGGCCCCGGUGCCACUUCAUCCACAACGCCGACGAGCGGCGGCCCGCGCCGCCGGCCAACGCCAACAUGCAGGCGGCGGAGCCCCGCGGCUACAGCCAGAGGGACGUCCUGCCGCCGCAGCUCGCCUACACCCAGCGGGACAGACCAAAGCUCCACCACAGCCUCAGCUUCUCGGGCUUCUCCACCCACCACGGACUCGAGUCGCCGCUGCUCGACAGCCCCACGUCGCGCACCCCGCCGCCCCCGACCUCCGCGUCGUCCUGCACCUCCACCUCCAGCUUCUACGACGACGUGCUGUCGCCCGGCUCCAUGCCGUGCAUCAACAGCGCCUUCUCCUUCCCCGGGCAGGACCUGAAAGCCUUACUGGCGCCGCUGGCCGUGCACGCCCACGGCGGCUACGCCAACAACCACUCCGGCGGCGCCUUCUACGGGAACGCGCCGGGCAACGUGAGCCUGCAGGCGCUGCGCCGCCUCAGCGAGUCGCCGGUGUUCGAGCCGCCGCCCAGCCCGCCGGACUCGCUCUCAGACCGGGAGAGCUACGCGAGCGGGUCCCUCAGCUCUUCCGGGAGCCUCAGCGGCUCCGAGUCGCCGAUUCUCGACGCCGGGAAGCGUUUGCCAAUCUUCAGCAGGCUGUCGAUUUCAGACGACUAGAUGACGUCGGGUUUGUUUAUUUUUCUUUUUUUUUUUUUUUCUUUGCUUGGAUAAUAAUGGACGGGUUGGUUUGAGUGAGGAGCCCGGAGGUGCUGCUGGUGACUGAGACUGUCCUUUAAGCAGAGGAUACCAAGAGUUUGGCACCCCCCUCACCUCCUGGUCCUCAUUUCAGCAGCAGCCACCCUGCUGAUGUGCCUUUGAGCAAGACUUCAUUUAUUCUUAUUAUUUCUCUCAACAGCUGCAGGGGUACAGACCCUGCUCAGACCCCCCUGGAGGGGGGGACAAGAGACCAGUUUGCACUAGAGAUGCACCGAUUAUGGCUUUUUUCCCCCUUUUUUUUUUAAAACAGCAACUACCCCAUACUUUGUUUUUGUUUCCAUUUCUCCCCACCAAGGACUUAAAAACACACACACACAAGGAAAAAAGCAGUAGUGAUAGAAGCGAUAGUUUUGCGAAUCCAACAGAAAAUGAAGAAUUUGUUCCAAACCCAUUUUUUUUUUAAAGUAAACAAACAAAAAUUGACAUAUUUGAGGCAUUUACUGUAUGGAAUUAUGUGGGUUUUUUUUUCUUCCUUCUGUAUUUAAUGAACAGGGGUGGUGGAAAAGGGUUUGUUUCCUCUGUGUUUCACUCGCUGAUGAAAAUCGUCUGGUUCCGAGCCGUGGCCCGUCUGAUCGGUGCAUCUCUAGUCCCACGAGGAUCAGUUAAGCUUCAGUUUCAAGUAUCCUUGACCAGGCAUUAGUGUAAUAGUGUUUUUUUUUUUUUCUCGUAUGUAUUAUAGCUGUAUUAAAACUUAGAUAGCAAACAGAAGGCAUUCCAUCAGUGCCUUGCCCAUGGGGCUCCUGGCAGCCUCCCCCUUCUCUCUCUCUUUCUCUCUCCCUUUCUCUCUCCCUUAUUGCUCUAUCAGGCAAGCUACACUUUUCCUGGGAUUAGAGGUGCGUAACAUGACUUGACAAGAAGAAAAAAAAAAAAAGACUUAAAGCGGUUUCAGAUUUCCUCCCAUCCUGCCAAGAAUAUGCCUUGACUUAAAGUAACACUUUUUCUUCUGUCUUUUUUUUUUUUUUUUUUGUUCUUCAACUUCCAUUCCAGAUCUGCCUUCUCCUAGCGCCACCCAGUGGAUGGUUUGGUUAGUCUGCAGUAGUUUGUUGCUUGGUUAAAAAGCACUCUUGAGUUGGGCUUGUUUGGGGAAAUCACUGCUGAUGGUUGAAUAUAUAUCUAUAUUUUUUUAGCUAUUUUUUUUUUUUUCGAGUGAUUUGCAUAGCGGUGCAUAACUUGCUAUGGACUAUUUAACUUAUUUAUUAUCUUGUGAAAAAAAAAAGUAUAGGCUACAUUGGUAAUUUGUGUCCAUACUGUAUUUAUCAAGUAUGAUGAAGCAAUAGAUCUAUAUUCUUUUAUGUUUAAAUUAUGAUCGCCAUUAUUAAUCUGCAUAAAGUGGAGUGUAUGGUCUUUUCACAGUAAUAUAUAUUUUGUUUUUUUUUCUCCUUUUUUUUUUUCUUUUUUUUGUAACUUCACUUGGUUAUUUUUAUUGUGAGUAAAAAAAAAAAACUUAAUUUAAGAGAACGUAUGUGAUAUUUAUUUCAUUAAUUUUGUUUCCUUGUUUACGUUUAUUAAAACAAAGUUUGUGUGAUUGCUGUUUGCUCCUGAGGCUGUCAGUGCUGUCGAAGGUCUUUUUUUUUUUCUCUCCCCCCCCCCCCUCCCUCCCUCCCUCCCUAUCCCCAACUAGGAGGAUCCCUACUUUAGAUGUGCUGUAGAAUGUAUAAACAGAGGAUGUACAAACCGUCCAAACUUUGCUUCUCUUCGUCGAUCUAGUCUAGACGCCAGUGACAAAGAACCCAAGUCAAUAAAUUAACCAAAAAGUAUUUGUUUUUUUUUUCCUUUUCUUUUUUUUGUUUUUUUUUUUCUCCUGUUUUUGCACGAGGUCACACUGUGAUUCCAGCCACGUGCUAAAGAAUGUAGCAAUCCCUUGUGCCCCAGUAUUAUUAUUGUGUAGUGCCUAUGGGGUUCACCAUCUUUUUACAUGCCUUAAAAUUAACCAAAUAAAGUAUUUUUCCUACAUGGCA